AAGGGGCGGCGCGCGGGGGAGCGACAGCGCGAGGGGAGGCGCGACGGGCGCGCGGAUCGAGUAUAUUGUGCUGCGCGCGAGCCCGUCGUCCGCAGUGAGUGGCCGAACGCCACGAGCCAGCGGGCGAAGCGCUGCGUGUGUGAGUGUGUAUGUAAGUGUAAGUGUAAGUGUGUGUGUUCGUUCGUUCAUCCAUCCAUCCAACAGCUGGAUUAUAAAGGAGAAGGAAGAACAACUUACUUUCUGUCUCAACCUUUCCCACUUCAACGGGAUCGUGUCUUCUUCUCGUGAACUAUAUCAAACUUGUGGAAUUGUUUUCUUAAUUUCUUUGACCACUUGAAGUGGCACUUCAUGACAUUAUCGCGUUGUUCAGGUCCUCGGACGCUUUUUUGUUGUUGUUGUUUUUUUCUGCACAGUGGACAAUUUUCUUAAUACAUAACCAUUUGAACGUUUUGUUUCUCACGUGAAUUUUCCGGGCCUUUUCCUGCCCGCUAUAAAUAUAAUCACAAUAAUGGGUAACCGCGGUCCGCUGGAACAAGUGUGAGUAGACUGGUACCGAUCCGUGUGUGUGUAGCUCGAGCACCCGAACUUCCUGGAACCCCCGUCUGCGGUGAUGAUGAUGAUGAUGAUGAUCAUGUCCUUCACACACCUCUGAUGAUGAUGAUGAUGACGACGUCCGACACGCGCCCUGGAGGUCCUCAACUCGGGCUCCAUCACUGAGGGAUGCUUCUGGUCUACGUGGGGUUGGGGGCACUUUGGACGUUCCUGCAGAGAAGAACCUUGUUCUUGAUCUGGGCCAAAUCGGGACUGGAAGGCGAUGUGGAGCGCGCUCCCGUACCUCUUCGUGUGCGCGCUCUGUGUGGCCGGUGCCGCCGCGGAGGAUGCGCCGCUGCCCCAGGAGCUCCUCGACCGACUGUCCCACAGCGAGAUCCACAGCAUCAGCGACCUGCAGCGCCUCCUGGACAUAGACUCCAAAAUGGGGUGAUGGAGGAAACCGACCAGCGGUACCACAAGGACUACUGGCACAGCUCCGUGGACCUGAAGAGUUUGCAGGGGAAUAGCAGGAGAAAGAGAAGCGCAGAGGAGGCGGUGCCAGCUUCCUGUAAGACGCGAACAGUGGUGUAUGAGAUCCCACGCAGCCACGUGGACCCCACCUCGGCCAAUUUCUUGAUCUGGCCGCCAUGUGUGGAGGUGAAGCGCUGCACGGGCUGCUGCCACCCGGGAAAGCUGCGGUGCUACCCAUCACGCCGGCACCACCGCACCGUCAAGGUAGCUAAACUGGAGUAUGUGCGCAGAAAGCCGAGGCUGAGAGAGGUGUUCGUUCGACUGGAAGACCACCUGGAGUGCAUGUGCAUGCCGCCGCAUCACGUGGCGCAACACGAGGAAGUAGACACAGCAGAUGUGACGUGAGCGGAGCCAGGCUUGAAGCAACCAUGCAGGGCAGCAAUGGACCCACAAAGGGAUCCUGCAGUCCCACUCCAACUGCCUUUUGAAAAAUGUAACCAAACAGUAAAUGCAAAAGAGAGAUAGAAAGCGCACGGUCAAAGCUGCUUCCAAAUCAUAACCUGUCUUUUGACAUCUUCUGAGUCAAAAAACAGAUUCUUCCAAAAGGGACCCACUGGCCCUUCUGUGACUGGUGAUGCUGCUGAACGCGAAGAUGAGCUAUGAGCGCAUUUGGCCAAGGAAUGUUAAAGGCUGUCUGCGUGCAUGAUUGGCCUGACAGUAAACUGCAACAAAAAAACACGUAGUGGAGAACUCAGCUGCAGAGAGCCUGCACAAGAUCUACGUUCAUUGGCCUCUUUAAUGGAAAGGAUGUUUGAGAUGAAUGGAGGAGCAGCUUGCGGAAUUCAACCGAGCAAUUCUUAUGGAUAUGUGCUGGUCUACGUGGUGCCAUCCGAAACCACAGGAGUUGUGGACUGGACCCUGAAAGCAAGGCAGAGUCCGGGAGACAUGGGACACUAAAGCCUUGGGCACUGGAACCGUAGGAGCUUGAGAAACCCUUGGAUGAUCUGGGACCUUCUCUUCAACAUCAGUUGUCCUUUUGCUGGAGGCAACAAACUGUGUGUCUCUUUUCAGAUGAUGAAAGUUUACUUUAUUCAUACAAUGAAACCUUUUCUGUAAUCUUAUUUUUGUAACCCGUUUGUUACAUUUUUGAUUCUUUUGCUGUGCGCAAAACAUAUAAAACAAAGGGUGAAAAAUCCUUCUGCCACAGUUAUUACUACUAAUAAACUAU